AUAUAUAAUAUAUAUAUAUAUACAUAUAUAUAUAUAUAUGUAUGUGUACAUACACACACGUACAAACACAUUCAACGCGCCAUGUGUUUGGGAAACUGAGGGCAGCAACGCAACGUUUGCGCACAAACACAGCCUCUUCUCUCAGAAAAAACUCUCCGGACAUCCCAAUGUGGUUCAGUUUAUCUCGGCUGCAGCUAUCGGUAAGGAGGAGUCCGACCAUGGCCAGGCUGAGUAUUUGAUCUGUACGGAACUUUGUACAGGUGGUCAGCUGGUUGAUGUGUUGCGAGAGGCACAUCCACUUCCUUGUGACAAGGUCCUCCAGAUAUUCUUUCAGACAUGUCGCGCAGUGCAACACAUGCAUCGACAGAAACCUCCUAUCAUACACAGAGACCUCAAGGUGGAAAACUUGCUGAUCAGUUCUAAAGGUUGUAUAAAGCUUUGUGAUUUUGGUAGCGCUACUAUCAAGAGCCACAAUCCUGACAUUUCUUGGUCUGCAAUUCAGAGAAGUCUGGUGGAAGAUGAGAUCGCUAAAAAUACCACCCCUAUGUACCGUGCCCCUGAAAUGCUAGAUCUUUACCAGAACUUCCCAAUCAAUGAGGCUGGUGACAUAUGGGCCCUCGGAUGUCUCCUGUACCAGUUAUGUUUUGCAGAACAUCCAUUUGAAGACUCAGCCAAGCUCAGAAUACUCAACGCUAAUUACUCAAUUCCUGAAACGGACACCAAGUUUACCGUCUUUCAUGACUUGAUACGCUCUAUGCUUCAAAUCGACCCACGCCAACGUCCGGACAUUAACAGCAUCAUUGACCGACUACAGGAGAUUGCUGUGGCACGCGAUGUCGACCUGAAGGGUCAAUUGAACCUGACCAACGGAGUGAAUUCACAUCCCACUGCUCCAGCUGACCAACACCUGAACCUUAACACACCUCCACCACGACCACCACCACCGUCACCUUCACCGGCAUCAGCGCGGCCCCCAUCACCACAACCACCAUCGUCCCAGUACACACAUCCAUCAGAGAUGAACCAGUCCUCGUACCCAGCCUCUGGAGCCAGUCAGCUGUUCAGCUCCCUAAAAGGGGCUGGCGGCAGCCUGUUCAAGAACAUAAAAGAUGCAUCGUCGAAGGUGAUGGAAACUGUAUCCGCGAGUACAGUCCUUCCGCCUGGCACCACAUGGAGGACAAUGAACAAAAAUGAACUUGAUAUUUCUUAUGUAACUUCAAGAAUGAUCGUGAUGUCGUUCCCAGCUGAAGGAGUAGAGUCAGCCUUUAAGAACCACAUCGAUGAUGUCCGCUGUCUGCUGGACUCCAAACACCGUGGACAAUAUAGUGUAUACAACCUUACUCAGAGAAAUUAUCGUGCUAUCAAAUUUGAAAAUAGAGUCUUAGAAUUAGGUUGGUCUCACAAACGAGUCCCAACUCUAGCAAGUAUCUUCACUCUGUGCAAAAGCCUUUACCACUGGCUACGGAAAAACCCCAAAAAUAUCUGUGUUAUUCAUUGCCUUGAUGGCAAAAGUGUGUCUGCGACAGCUGUGUGCUGCUUCCUUGUAUUCUGUGGAGUCUGUAAAACGGUUGAUGAAGCUGUUUACUUGUUCGCUUCCAGACGGGUCAAUCCACAUACAUCAGCCUCGCAGCGAAGAUAUAUCCAAUACAUGGUCGACAUCAUACACAACCCAUCCUUGACCCCACACAACAAACCCAUCCUGUUGGUCUCACUAACGAUGUCACCAAUUCCUCUCUUCAACAAGACCAAGACCGGAUGUCGACCAUUUGCUGAAGUUUUUCUUGGAGAAGACAGAAUAUUGACUACUUCACAAGAAUACGAGCGGAUGAGGGGUUUUUCAAUAGAAGAAUACAAACUGACGAUUUCCCUAAAUAUAUCGGCUGUGGGAGACGUCACCAUUGCGGUAUACCAUGCAAGGUCAACAUUUGGGGGAAAAGUGCAGGGCAAGAUCACAUCCAUGAAAAUGUUUCAGAUCCAGUUUCACACAGGGAUGAUCAACCCUGAUGCAGAGAGUAUAAAAUAUACAUUCACUGAUAUGGAUCAUAUCGAGUCUCCGGAGAAGCUGCCAGAACUGUUCAAAGCUGUACUAGAAAUCAAUGUAAGCCCCAAUGACAGGCCACAGACUGACAACAUGCUACCGUGGGAGAAUUUCAAUGUUAAGUCAGUCAACCCCAAAAUCCUGUUCUCUUCUGAGGAGGAGAUGGAAAGGGUACAAUCAGAACUUGAGUCAGCAGAGAAGGCCAGUUUGAACUCCCAUCAAGGCUCUUCUGAGCACAUUAACGACAGCCCGAGUAGGUCCUCAGGCAAGGAGUCACCUUACAUGAGUCCACAGCUGAGACAGAAGAAAAUGUCGGCAGCAAACAAUUCUGGCAAAGCAGUUGGCAAGAGCCAGUUCUUCGACAGCCUGAACUGGCAGCAGGGUGAUGGCCAUGGGAGGCAGGGUGCACCGGGUGUUGGCAGUGGGGCUGCCGUCGGUCCCGCAGCUGGCCCUGCCAGGCCACCGGGCGAGUCGGCCGAGAGUCUGCUGGAUGACAUUGAAAGUACAGAGGAUGAUGAGGACGAUUUCGCUUCCCUCUCACACCAAGGUCGCGCUCGACCGACACAGAGGGCCGUGAGCCCGAACCCUUUCCAGGGAGAUGCGUCUCCCCAGCAUCAACCUCACCAAGAGCAGCAACAACAACAUGAGCAGCAACACAUAUCCAACGUGGAAGAGAACAAAACCUCAUCGAGUCCUGCACAGCCGCCUUUUGUGGCAAAAGAGGAAACCUGUGACCUCUUGAAUUUGGGCGUCGAUCUAGGGAACGAGGGCCACCGGUCAGAUAUUCCUGGUUCGAACAUUUCUAGUCAAAUGAAUCUGCUGGACAUAGGAAAUGAAGCAGCGCCACCUAUGAGCAACUUUGAUCUGCUGAGCGGCGGCACCGGCUGGGCUGGCGGUGCCUCAGAUCAGAUACCAUCAGCCCCGCCGACCUCAAACCAACAGGGUCAGAGCAACCAGCAGUCAAAUAUGACCAACACCUUUGACCCCUUCCAACAGCCAGCAGCAGCGAAAGCGACGACCCCUACCUCCUACCAGCAACCUGCUGGUUCAUCGCCCCACAAGAAAGCCACCGAGAACAAGGAACCAAAAAUCCAGUUUGACAACUUCGACCCAUUCCAACUGUCCGGCUCGCAGCCAUCUCCGUCGUCCGGGGCAUCAGCGAAACCCGGCGACUUGUUCAACCUUCUGGAAGGCGACCAGAAGCCGGGCCCGACUUCAGUCCCAUCGAGGGCAUCGCCGACGGUCGGUUUUGAUUUGAUGGGCUCCUGGGAUGACGGGUCUGCUGGCAACAGCAGCACUGGCAUUGGGGUGGGCAACGCAGCCAACCUGAGUGGCUCGACCAACAACCUGUUCCCGGGCAACCUACCAAAAAAGAACCCGAGCUUCCCCUCCGGCCUCCACCUCUUGAACACCUCCAACUCAAACAGCACCAACGGAGGAGGACAGGGCAUGGCAGGCAUGUCCCUCGGUUCGAACCUGUCGCGAACCUCUUCGGCUGCUGCUUCUAUGAAUGCAAUGGGACAAGGUCCUGCACCAGCAAAAAGCAUGCAAAACAUCCGGUCUCCAGACCCGUUUGCUGAUUUGGGUAACUUAACCUCAAUGAAAUCACCUGGAAGCACCAGUAAUCUAUCUGCAACUUCACCUGCUGCGCCAUCCUGGCAACAACCCAGCCCACAACAGCCUAAGACAGCAUUCGGUGGGCUUUAUUCAGGUGCUGGUGCAUCGACUGGUGCCCCAGGCUGGCAACAGGCACCAAACAACCAGGCGCCGUCGUCUCCCAAGAAACAACAAACCCAACCAGCCGCGGGUGCGACACCAGCAGCACACAAAGCAGCUUUUGGACCUGGUUCCGGUCCUGGCCCGAGUGUUAUUGGAAGCAGAGAUGAUAGAGGGACACGCAAGCCUUUUGGCCCAAAACCUAAGGUGCAUACUGACACUUUUGGAGACCUUCUUGGUGGAUUUAGCUCCAAGAGAGCGAAUGAACCACGGACUAUAGGAGAAAUGAGGAAAGACAUUUUAGCUAAGGAAAUGGACCCAGAUAAACUUAAGAUAAUGGAGUGGACCAAGGGUAAAGAACGUAACAUCCGUGCACUGCUGUGUUCACUCCAUACUGUGCUUUGGGAUGAAGAGAUGCGUUGGAAGGAAUGUGGGAUGCACGAACUGGUCAGUCCGGAGCAGGUGAAGAAGGUCUACAGGAAAGCCGUUCUGUCUGUUCAUCCAGACAAGCUAACAGGAACGCCACAUGAAGCGCUGGCCAAGUUGAUAUUCAUGGAGCUGAACGAUGCCUGGGCCGAGUUUGAAGAGAAAGGAAUGCAGUCGUUGUAUUAGGGUUUCCAAGAAGAAGAAGAAAAAAAAACAAGAAAUUGAGAUUCGAAACAAAAAAAGAAAAAAAAAAACUCUGAUAAAUUAAAAGAAA